AUGGGACUUGUAGCUACUUGGUUAACAGGAAUUGGCUUGAGCAGCGCAGUGCCUACCUUUCAUGCUGCUGGAAUUACCACACCAUCCGCGCUUGCCGAGCUGGAUGUCAAUCAUUUUGAAGCCCUGGGAAUCUCAGAUCCAAAUGACCGUCGAAAACUGUUUUACUUGGUGCAACGAAUCAAAAUGGCAGUCACAAAGGAAAAAGCAGAUGCUAAGGGAGAAACUAUGGAAGAAAAAGUGGAAGCCUUGAUUAACGGUACAAUCGACAUGGUGGAACAUGAGGAUGAGGGUGCUACAGAUUCAGAGAAAGUACGUCGCAGUAAACGAUUGGCAAAGAAGACUGAUUCGCCCAAAAAGGAGAAAAAGGAUAAGGAUUCAUCCAAAAAGGAAAAGUCCAAGAAAGAGGGCAAGAAAAAGAGCAAAGACAAGGGCUCGGAUGCGGAACUUUCUCCCACAAAAAAGAAGAAAAAGAAGAAAGCAAAAUCCACAACAGAAUCAGAAGUUGACGAUGAGCAUGCCAACGAGGAAAAAAAAGAAGAAUCCAAUGCCAUCAACACUCCUCGAAAAGCAACUGUGAGCGCAGCUAAAGCCAAUGCGGUCUUUAAUUUGGAUGAUUUUGAUGAUGAUACACGGGAACCACAACACAGUUUCGUGUCAACUCCCACCCGUUCACGACGGGCAGCCGCCACACCACCGCGGCCUCCAACGGCUGUUAACACGGCCCAAGACACAUCAUCGUCGGUUCCCUCUAAUCCUGCCAAUCCAUCUACACCUACCACCUCCAGAGCGAACAGUCCAACCACCGCCGAUAGAUUCAUGUCACCGCGAAGCACGUCAAGUAGCCCUCCGCGAGAAUCGGGAAUCUCACCUCCAAGAGCAAGAGCAAUGUCUCCUCCAAAAGCGAGAGCACCCACAAUCACGAGUCUCCCAAAAAAAGCACUACAAAGCAACUUACAGCCUCCUUCUGCCGCAAAGAUCACGAGUACAAAGAGUGCUAUUCCGACUCCUACCACAAGUCGACUACAGGCCCCAAAAUCACGGAGGCCCGAAUCCAAACUUUUGAAUCCAGGAACGUCUGCUCGCACUGGAAAGCCUCUGGGAGCCAUUCCGUCGGCAACCGAGGCCAACAUGUCACCGUUGAAGCCAUUGGUGACUGACAAUUUGCCAGAAAACAGUCCAAAGCUGGCUUCUCGAGGAGGUCUACUCUCGAGACGAAAUUCCAGGCAAAUGAGCCGCAAAAAUUCGGAAGUGUCGGUGGGAUCCAGAAACAAGAAUGAAGGACCCUUUGUGAUUGGAGGUUCAGAAGCGCGAUCUUGGGAGUCCCAAGUGACAUAUCUUCGGGAAGAUAACAACGCGGAACAUGAACUAUUCUGUGAUCAAUAUGAAGAUGAGAUAUAUGAAUAUGACAUGAAAAUUCGAGUCAUUGUUCGAAAACGACCGCUCAGCAACAAUGAAGCUGAAAAAUCUGGUGGCAUUGACGUCAUUCAUCCCCUCGACUAUGGAGACUUUGGUAAAGUCUUGGUCUAUCAACCAAAGACCCGAGUCGAUCUGACGAAAGAAAUUGAAACGGUUCCAUUUUCAUAUGACAAUGUCUUUGGCGAAUCGUCUACCAAUGUCGAUAUCUACCAGCGAUCCUUGAGAAACUUGAUUGUUCCAUUUUUCAAGGGACAAUGGUCCACUGUUUUUGCCUAUGGUCAAACUGGUAGUGGAAAGACUUACACCAUGAUGGGAUCCAAUAUGACUGGUAUCAAUGCGGGUACAGCGACGGACGAUGCUUCCAAUCUCGGACUAUACUAUUUGGCCGCUCUAGAUAUUUUUGACAUGGUUCAACGACCAGAGUACCAACACUUGAAAGUUCAAGUCUCCUUGUUUGAAAUCUACGGAGGAAAACUUUUUGACUUGUUGAAUAGUCGUGGACCCGUCAAGUGUCUGGAGGAUAGUCGGGGAAAGGUUUGCUUUCCAGGAUUGACUGAGCAUCCAAUUGACGGACCGGAUCGAUUGAUGGAAUUGAUCGAGUUGGGAGCCCAGAAUCGUUCCACUGGUACAACGAGCAGAAAUGCUGACAGUAGUAGAAGUCAUGCUGUACUUCAACUGAAGCUACGAAAGGACAUUGGUCGCAAAAAGAAUGUGGAACAUGGACGCUUGAACUUUAUCGAUUUGGCUGGAAGUGAAAGGGGCGUGGAUACGAAUAACUGCAGUAGAGCAACUCGGCUAGAAGGAGCGGAAAUCAAUACUUCCUUGUUGGCGUUGAAGGAGGUCAUUCGUGCUCUUGCUACUGGAGGAUCGAUGCAAAGGAUCCCAUUCAGAGGCUCAAAGCUGACACAGGUGCUGAAAGAUAGUUUUAUUGGCGAGAAUUCUCGUUGCUGCAUGGUGGCAUGCAUUUCACCAGCGAUUGAAAACUGCGAACAAACACUCAAUACCUUGAGAUAUGCGGAUCGAGUGAAGGAACGAGACUCUGAGAGCGGAGCGCUGCCAGCAUCGUGUGACGAACCAGUUCGAUUGAAUAUUAUCCCCAAACAACCCGCACCACUUAGCUCGGAAGAGGAGGAAAAGGAUACCUGCGAUUUUGGCAACACUUCGUUCGAAGAAGACGAGGAGCUGUUGACAGAGCCACCAAUGGCCGUCAACUACAGUAUGAUGUCAACCGAUACUCGUGCACUUGAUGACUUGCUUGCUACACCAAGACAACCAAGUGCAAAGCCUGAUUCGGCUGACCCAGAUUCCAAUAAAAUGCAAGUUGGACAAACCCUCAUUGCGGCACAUCGAUCGGUCAUGUCAUCGAUGUUGGGUAUGGUGAAGACUGAAAUGACUUUGGUCAACAAAGUAGAUGGCGAUCGCGAUGGUUUGGAUGAGUAUCUAUCGGAGCUUCAGGCACUGCAAUCGACUCAGCUGGACCUCAUUUCCAACCUACGAGAAGCACUCGACAACUACUGCAAUGCCGCUGAGGGAUCGUCUCCUCGAGAGCAUUUCAAUGACGACGAAAGCUUUGAAGACCUCCGAGACUAG